GCAGUAGACAGCAGAGACUCCUUGGCCAUGGCACUUUAUGCACGCUGCUUCGAGUGGAUGAUCAUGAAGAUCAAUAGCAGGAUCAAAGGCAAAGAUGACUUCAAAUCUAUUGGCAUCCUCGACAUCUUUGGAUUUGAAAACUUCGAGGUUAAUCGCUUUGAGCAGUUCAAUAUAAACUAUGCAAAUGAGAAACUUCAGGAAUACUUUAACAAGCAUAUUUUUUCUUUGGAGCAACUAGAAUAUAGCAGGGAAGGAUUAGUGUGGGAAGAUAUUGACUGGAUAGACAAUGGAGAAUGCCUUGACUUGAUUGAGAAGAAACUUGGCCUCCUGGCCCUUAUCAAUGAAGAAAGCCAUUUUCCUCAAGCUACAGACAGCACCUUAUUAGAGAAGUUACACAACCAACAUGCU